AAUCACUGAGAUUAAUGUUACACAGAAGCUGCUCGAUGUUUGUGAGUUUGAUUCGAAGUUUAACAUUCGCUAUAAUCUCUGGUUGAUUCCAUAUCUAUUGAGAGAAAAUGGAUACGGAGGAGAGAACCUCUACCAAAACGAAGAAGAAGAUGGAUUUAGAGGGUCUAUCAGUAAUCUGCAGCGAUCUCGGCGAACCCGAGGAAGACGGAGACGGAAGAAGAAUCGGAUACUCCAAAAGCGACUACUGUCUCGAUAACCUGAAGGACUUGCUGAGGUUUCUGCGACGAGACGAUCCUCAAAGCAGAGAAGUCUUCAAGCAGGUCUGUGCGUGGAACAUAGUCUCCAAAGACUUGAUUCCCAUCAUCGAGCAUUACCAAGAUGAACAUCACUUGGUUCUAAACGCAGUUAAGGUGUUGGUGUUUCUCACGAUGCCUGUAGAGUCUGAUUCAGAUGAUGUUCCUCAACAGAUUGAGUAUCUAUGGGGUUUGAAGUCUGCCAUUACUGUUAGCAACAUCGUUGCUGUGGUUGUGUCUUUGUUAGAAACCCCUUUAGAGAACUUAGAAUUAGACGAAUUCAACGAGGAAGAUUGGAAACUGGUUCAGCUUGUGCUCACUCUGUUCAGGAACCUACUGGCUAUCCAUGAUAUUUCUCCGCUUCAGAAGGCUGGAGAGUCCACUUGUUACUUUUUGUCGCUGAGGGAUCGGUUUCUUGAGCUCCUGUCCCGUGAGAACGUGAUGGAUAUCUUUAUUGUUAUCACUCAGACUAUCGAGUGCAACAACUUGUUGAGACAUGACAACCUGCUUCUGCUAGAGAUCUAUCACUAUAUUCUCUUGGGUCAAGAUAUGGAGCUCAUUGCACUGGCUCCUGAGAAGUUGGAUCAAGGUAAAAAAGCUGCUGUGGAAAGUUUGAAGAAGUUAAUGGAGGCUGAGCAAGCCAAAAGGAAGCUUGCAAGACUCAACAAUGCAAAUCAGCGUCAUUCACAAUUUGGUGGGACAUUCACCCGAGUUACCAUGGGUGGCUCUAAAGCUGUACUGACGGGAAUACCUUCUAACGAGGAGAGCACAUUACUAAAGCCUCACCUAAGUGGUGGAGCCAGAGAGAAGAUUGUCUGGGAACAUGGGUCAAUUCCCGUGACAAAUGACAAUGUUUUGAAGUUGUUGCAUGAUUUCAUCAACCAGUUUAUGUCAGGAGGAUAUAAUGUUUUGAUGCAGUCGGUGUGUGAAGAUAUAGAAAAGGAGCAUCCUUCCAUUCAGAAUAGCGACAUUGUUACAUUCUUCCAGGUUGCUCAGGCAGUCACCUCUUUUCAGUUUCACAAGUCUCGGGCUUCCAUUCCAGCAAGGUCAACAGAAGAAACUCCUGAACAGAAUGCCGGAGGAAACUUUUCUAAGAGUGACAUUUGCGCGCCAAUUGCAGCAACAAUCAAUGACAGAAUGUUUUCGCUUGUCAUUUCAAAAUGGCGCACUGCUUUCGAUGGUCUGAAAGAAACUAAAGAUUUUAAGUUUCUGUCUGCAGCUGGCUCUCUUGUAAAAAUUAUGCUUUGCUUGUUAGAUCUGGUACUUAAAUUGCUACCUGAAGACUCUAGAGAAGCUUUUACUGUCCGCAUCUUGCUUUAUAAGUUGUUUUACGACCAAACUGAUCAAGGGAUGUGUCAGUUCAUCCUGAAUCUGGUGAGAAGUUUUGACGCGCACAAGCAACCUAGAAGUGAACUUGGAGAUCUAGUGGAAAGCAUCCAUAUAAUAGUAGGCCUUAUGGAAAACCUUCAAGGGCGUGGAACUUUGAGGGUUUCAAAAAAAUCAAGGAAGCUAAGAAAGAAGAAACGCAUGGGGAAUAAGGAAACCACAGAGCAUGAAAAGUCUGACAAUCAUCCUAGUACAUCAAACAAAGAUAGCACCGCAAAAACCAUACCGGUGGCUGAUUCUACCGUUCCUAUUGAGGAUGGACCUCCCAACAAUCCAGGGGAUUCAAAUAUAGGGACUGAAGCCGAUGAAACUCAACAAACCCACGGCCCUAAUUCAAAUCAUGUGGUCGAUGAUAUUUCUUGCGGCACUGACGAUUCUUCUGAUGGCGAAGAUCAAACUGCAACAGAUGAAGUUGAUUUUAAGGUUUCGACAUUUAUUUCUGCUUUUGCAAGCAACAGCAUCAUUCAAAACAUAUGCUGGUUGCUUAAGUUUUACAAAAGCAACACAAAACAGACGAAUCACCACGUAAUAAGCAUUUUACGGAGGAUUACAGAAGACCUGGAACUGUCUCCCAUGUUGUAUCGGCUGUCACUGCUAAUAACGUUCCAUAAGAUCCUUGAUGAGCAGAAAGCUUGUCCUUGUAAAGACUAUGAAAACAUAGUUACCUUCCUGACAGAUCUGGUUAGAAAUAUGUUGAAGAAAAUGAAGACACAGCCUCUUCUUUUUGUGGAAAUUCUCUUCCCAAAGAGUCGCAAAGAAUGCCACUACAUAAAUGCCGAAUAUAUGUUGCAUGAGCUUGGACAUCUAAGAAAACAAAUGGGAAAUCAAGAAAAGGCCUCAGGAACUGAAGAAAAUGUUUCUUCAUCGGACAAAGGAUGGGCGCGCAGAAACAUAGCAGAUGCUCUUGGGGAUGAUGAAGCUGACGUUGUGAUAUCUUAUGAUCAAGGGUUUCAAUAUGAGGACGAUCAGAUUGUGGAAAAUGAAUCUGCAGGACCAUCUAAAAGAAAGAGAAGACUAGUUCUUGAUGCUGACAUGGAGACAAAAAUUAGAGAUCUGUACGAAAGGUUUAAAGAUGAUAAAGACUGCAGCCGGCUUAUUGCCGAAACUUUGGAUCCUGAUGGUGGAAUAUCUGCUGCACAAGUAACCAACAAGCUUAAACAGCUAGGUCUAGAAACAAGGAAAAGACUUCGGCGUGGUGCUAACUCCCUGGAAGCAAGCAAAUGCAGUAAUGGAAAUGAUGAUCAAGAUCACGUAGAGGCAGCAUCAGAUCAGCAACCUUCAAACACCAGAAAAAGAGUGAGUUCCUUUAGCAAAGAACAAGAAACACUUAUUAAGGAACUAUACGAGAAAUUUAAGGACGAGAGGCGCUGCUGUUACUUAAUUGCCAAUGAAUUGGGUUCCGAGAAUACAUAUACCACUGCCCAAGUUUCACGUAAAUUAAAGCAACUUGGUCUGCGUCUCCCUCGUGGUAAGAAGUCAGAAGCUGGCAUGAAGCUGCUAGAUGACCAUGAUGAUUCUUCAGCAGAUGAAUCCGAUAACGAAACCUUACUAGCAUUCAAGAAAAGGAAGAGCGCGGCGAGACGAAAACUUGAGAAGCACACAAGACCAAGCAAUGAGAUUUCUCCAGAAGGUUCUGAAGACAAAACAGAGAGGAAUGAAACAAGUCCAGAUGUGCUUGCCACUAGCAAAGACGAGAACAAUGAUCAAGAAGACUACAUCACCGGGCAAAGUAGAGAAUCAGAUACAGAUGUUCACAUCAGGGAGAAUGAUCCAUCUGCUUCAUCUCCAGAAGAUCAAAAUCUUGUAUCAGAUCAUGAACUGGAGGAUGAUGAUGAGUUAGCAGAUUCCGGUGAUGAUUCUGAAGCUGGUGGUGCCUCACUCACUCAAAGUCCGCUUAGCAGAAGAAAAUUGAAGAUGGUACUUGAUGUGGACGAUGAGGAUGAUUGAAGAUACCUAGGCUCAUCCAUAUCCUUGUUAUUUUGAUCGACUUCAUCUCGAAAAUACUAGAGUUGAGAGAGAGAGGGAGAGAGGGACAAUCUCCAUUUUGUUAACAAAAUAUUUCAAAUUUUAGUAUGUGUUAUAUAUUAUUAUUAUAUU